CAGAAACUGCCAUUUUCAGCAAGACAAACAAGAGUUCUCACAGCAGCUCGGUCUAACCACGCGCCUCGAGGGGGCACAGUAAUUCUCCAUGGCGCAGCCCGGUCAAAGCUUCCUCUACAUUUGUAGGAGUUGCCGACGAAAUAUACCCAGUUCAAGCUGGGCAAAGUCGGCUCGGUCAUUCAGCACCACAGGGUCAAGACCAAAAGUAAUACCGGCUUUCAAUCCCACGUCCAAUCCCGAGUUCGACGAUCUCCUCUUGACAUGGCGCCAAAAAGUCUUCAUGCCAGCUGCGCUGGAAAACCACCAUCGGGAUCUGAUUUACAAGGCCUCGCGGCAUCCGACCCUCACCAACGAACCAGGAGUCACGGUAACAAUGGAUGACGAUGAAGAGAUCAAGCUGGAGCCAAUGCAUUUUUAUGACAAGCCCAAUGUACACAAAAGCAUACUCAAAUUAGUAAAGCUUCUUGAGGGAAACCACAACGACACUGAUUGGAACAACCUGCCCCCGUUCCUUCAUGGAUUGGUCAUGGCAAAGAUCAAUCUCCCCUCAAGUUUUUACGAGAAAAUCACACGCAAAGCCUGCGAAGUGGGCAAAGAACGCAUUAUUUUACGCUGCGCGGAGAAGCCGGCGGAAACAGGCGUCAAGCUGUCGCGAAAGGGAGUGGCCCGGGAGUUGAUGCUAGGUUUUCAUAACCGUGCGGUCUCGGCAAAUUUCCAGGGCGGUGAACUUGAGGCGGCUUCGCGGCGAGCCGAAUAUGUUGCACGAAUGCUGGAAGAUGAAGUGCACGGAGGUGGCAAGUUGACCAAGGGCGAGGUGGAUGCGAGGAAAGACCCAGUCGUUCUGGCGGUGCUGCUGGAGCUGGCUGCUGCGAAGGCGGUAGACGCUCAUGGUGGCCAGGACGAGGAGGGAAAAGUCGUCAACUAUGCUACUAAGCUGCUUCACCUGGAAAGCAAGGCACUACAUUCCCAGCUCGAGCAACAGACAGAGAUAGAGCAGAACUACGCUCUGGUGGAGCUGUUGCCGAUACAGAAUUCGAUGGAAUGGGCGCUGAAGAUCGAAUCUGUCAAGAAUUCGGAUUUGGGGAAGCAGUUGCAAGCUGAAUUGAGUAGCUUGACCAGUGUGGUGGAAAGCACAGUGCAAAGCAUUCGAGAAAAGGUGGGAGACAAGUCAAGGAGGGCCUUGAUCAUGUAUGAUCAGCUUCAUGAGUAGGGACAGACGACAGUCUCUGGCAAGAGUGCUACAGACUAAGCACAUGGUAUACCAGCAACGGGACCAGUUCUGAGGCUCAUAAGAUGGAGUGAUGUUCAUUAUGACGGACUUACCGAGCUUCGCCGGCUCCAUGCUGCGCAUUUACACAAAAUAAUCGAAUCAUGUACUAUUAUUGCAUCUCAAUACACGACUGUAUUUCCUAGCCUA